AUGAGACCAUUUAUUAAAUCAUGGAUUCCUCAGUGUUUGCGGAUUCUCGGGUCACCUUGCAGAUUAUUCCAUGGAUGCAAAAGGCUUCUUACAUCUCAGAUUAUUUCAUACUAUGACUCUAUAAACCAGUGUAAAAAGGAACUGCCAGAAUAUUUCAACUUCGCAAGUGAUGUCUUAGAUAAGUGGUCACAACUGGAAAAGGAUGGAAAACACCCAGCAAAUCCAGCAUUUUGGUGGGUAAAUGAUGAGGGAGAGGAGGUGAAGUGGAGCUUUGAAGAGCUGGGAUUUCUGUCUAGAAAAGCAGCUAAUGUACUUUCUGAGGUAUGCGGUUUGCAAAGAGGAGACAGAGUUGUAGCAGUCCUGCCUCGUGUUCCUGAAUGGUGGCUACUGAAUGUAGCCUGUAUCCGGGCAGGAAUUGUCUUUAUUCCAGGAACAUCUCAAUUAACAGCCAAAGACAUCUUAUACCGACUCCAGGCUUCGAAGGCCAAGUGCAUAAUUACCAAUGAUACACUGGCACCUGCAGUGGAAUCUGUCAUGCCUGACUGCCAGUUUCUGAAAAGCAGACUAAUUGUAGCCAAGGAGAGCAGAGAUGGGUGGCUGAACCUCAAAGAACUCCUUGCGGCAACAUCUGCUGACCAUAAAUGUGUCAAGACAAGGAGUCAAGACCCAAUGCUAAUCUAUUUUACUAGUGGAAGUACAGGCUCUCCAAAAAUGGUGGUACAGUCCCACAGCAGUUACGGCAUUGGAUUUGCAACCAGUGGCAGGUACUGGUUGAACUUGACUCCUUCAGAUGUAAUAUGGAAUACCUCUGAUACUGGCUGGGUAAAGUCAGCCUGGAGCAGUGUUUUUGCACCAUGGAUCUGUGGAUCAUGUGUCUUUAUUCACAAUAUGCCACAAUUUAAAUCAGCAGUUAUUGCAGAGACUCUUUCAAGAUUCCCCAUCACUGUCUUUUGCACUGCUCCCACUGCCUACCGCAUGCUGGUGCAACAUGAUUUGAGCAGCUACAAAUUCACGAGUCUGAAACGCUGUGUAUCUGGAGGGGAACCACUCAAUCCUGAGGUGAUGGCAAAGUGGAAAAUCCAGACGGGGCUGGAUAUCUAUGAAGGUUAUGGCCAGACAGAAACAGUAACAAUAUGUGCCAAUAUGAAAAAAAUGAAAAUUAAACCUGGCUCUUUGGGAAAAGCUGUUCCCCCUUAUGAUGUGCAGAUCAUAGAUGACCAUGGAGCUGUUCUGCCUGCAGGAGAAGAAGGCAACAUUGGUCGACCAUUCUGUAUAUUCUCUGAGUACUUGGAUAAUCCAGAGAAAACGGCUGCCUCUGUGUGUGGAAACUUUUAUGUUACUGGGGACAGAGGAAUUAUGGAUGAAGAAGGCUAUAUCUGGUUUGUUGGAAGAGCUGAUGAUAUAAUUAAUUCUGCUGGGUAUCGUAUUGGCCCAUUUGAAGUUGAAAGUGCAUUAAUACAACACCCGGCAGUCUCAGAGUCAGCUGUUGUCAGCAGUCCUGAUCCAAUUCGUGGGGAGGUAGUCAAAGCCUUCAUUAUUUUGGCUCCUGCUUUUGUAUCACACGAUCCAGAAAAAUUAACUGAUGAGCUUCAGCAACAUGUCAAGAAAGUGACUGCACCUUAUAAGUAUCCAAGGAAGAUAGAGUUUGUUCAGGCUCUGCCAAAGACAGCUACUGGGAAAAUCCAGAGAAAGGUUCUAAAGAACAAGGAGUGGGGAAAAGCAUAA